UCUCUCUGGCUCUUUAAAUCUACAUACACCUAUUUGCUUCCAAACUGUCCCUCUCUCUCUUCGUUCUCUCUCUAAAAUCGGAUGCAAAACAGAAAGGAAGAGAACAGAGGACUUCGUAAUCUUCACCAAAUCCUUGAAUUCUCUUUCGCCAAUGCCACAAUCUGGCUGCCGAAUCGUUCUCAUCAAAGUUUUCCAAUAAACACACACGAUUUACAUACAUAUACGCAUUUCGAUACAUAAAUGAGGUGCAAGAAACAUCCGGCGGACCAAAGCUGCAGCGUCGGCGUCUGCGCCUCCUGCCUCCGCGAACGCCUCCUCGCCGUCAUCGCCGCGCAAACGCAGGCUCACGCGCUUAAACAUGCGCUACAAGAUUGCCGCAAAUCUGACUCACAGUUGCCGCAGCCUCCGUUGUUUCCCCGCUCUGUUUCCCCCUACAUUUCGCGCCGGAAAUCAGAAAACGCCGCGACGUUUCGGACUCACGGAGAGCACCACCUCUUCUACAGCACUCCCCAAUUAGGGCCUCACCGCUCAAUUACAGUCGAGAUUAAGAAAAAAUCGAGGAAUCGGUUUUCCUCUCUGUUUUGGGGGUUUUUCAGAUCGAAGCCGGAGAGGAAACCGGAUUUCGGUCUCGAUCCGGUCGCCGAUCCUACGGUUUCGGUCAAUUCAAUCUCGGCUUCGCCGGCGUGGUUCCCUAACAUCAUCCGCGGCCGCCGGAAAAAGAAAGUCUCGACGUUCUCAAUCGACGAAUCCGCGUUCCGAACCGGCAAUAAUCGCGGGAGGGGGAUGUCUCCGGCGAGAAACGCCGAUCAAUUAGACGAACAUUGCGACGGAGCAACGAGCGGCUACUCAUCCGACUCGCAAGGCUGGAGGCAGACGCCGCGGAGGACGCCGACGUCGGCGCGGCGGGGCGGAGGCAGAGCGGCGUCGCACGGCAGAAGCCUAUCGAGUCUGACGUUCUGCCUGAGCCCGCUGGUGCGGCCCAGCCCGAACCGCCACUGGAAUCAGAAGGCAGCUCCGCCAGAGACGGCGGCGGCGGCCGGAGACCCUAGGACGACGCCGAAGGCGCACCUCUCCACAGCGGCGUCGUUUUGCAAAAACCGCUCCCGAAAACUCGCGGAUUUCGGGAGAUACCCAAAUGGUUGACUUUUGACCGAGCCGGGUGAAAUUACGGUUUACCCUCGCUGUUAUUUCUUUUCCUAUUUUAGAUAUGGUCGUUGUAAUUUUUAUGUACAUGGUUUAUCCCAAUUAUAGUUGAAAAGGAAAGAAAUUAAGGAAAAUAGAAAUGAUUUCUUAUCUCA